AUGGCGAUACAUUUAUUCAAAACUUCUACCCCAGGCACACGCAAUGGAGCCGUAGACAGUCAAGUGAAAUCCAAUCUAAGAAAUAAUUUGAUCUAUGGACAGCAUCGUUGUGGUAAAGGUCAUAAUGCCAGAGGAAUCAUUACCGCAAGGCAUAGAGGGGGAUGUCAUAAGCGUCUGUACCGUAAAACUGAUUUUCUACGAAAUGAAAAAGACAUAUAUGGUAGAAUCGUAACCAUAGAAUACGACCCUAAUCAAAAUGCAUACAUUUGUCUCAUACACUAUGGGGAUGGUGAGAAGAGAUAUAUUUUACAUCCCAGAGGGGCCAUAAUUGGAGAUACCAUUGUUUCUGGUAUAGAAGUUCCUAUAAAAAUGGGAAAUGCCCUACCUUUGAGUGCUGUUUGAACUAUUGAUUUACGUAAUUGGAAGGAACCAAUUAUGUUUACGACAAAACCUAAAAAUCGAUCACUGAUCCAAUUUGAGUACCUCUACAGGAUAGACCUCAACAGAAAACUGAAGAGUAACGGCAGCAAGUGAUUGAGUUCAGUAGUUCCUCAUAUAAAAUUAUUGACUCUAGAGAUAUAGUAAUAUGGAGAAGACAAAAUUGUUUUAAGCACCGACAGAACCAGAAGCACCCCUUGUUUCAAAUAGAGGAGG